CACUCACUCUGCUGCUCGUGCUCAUCUCACGCGAGCCAGCCUCGUCAGCUCAGGGGCGCGUGCCAGCUCUGAAGCUAAGGGGACAGCUCCCAGGUGCUGAAAUCGGUCGGCGCUCCAAAGAGAAAACGAGAAACAGAGGGGGACGAGAAUCGACGCCUGCAUUGGACACAAAUAAUAAUAAUAAUAAUAAAAACACACACACAGGGGCAGACAGACAACCGAGGCCUUCAACACAGAUGGCUGCCACUCAGGAUGUGAAAGGGAAGGGAGAGGGAGGGGACCAAAACUUCGACUACAUGUUUAAGCUGCUAAUCAUUGGCAACAGCAGUGUGGGCAAAACGUCUUUCCUGUUCCGCUACGCCGAUGACGCCUUCACUUCAGCUUUUGUCAGCACAGUGGGCAUCGACUUCAAAGUGAAAACUGUUUACAAGAACGAUAAAAGGAUCAAACUACAGAUCUGGGACACAGCGGGCCAGGAGCGCUACAGGACCAUCACUACUGCGUACUACCGCGGGGCCAUGGGCUUCAUCCUCAUGUACGACAUCACCAAUGAGGAGUCUUUCGGUGCUGUGCAGGACUGGUCGACCCAGAUAAAAACCUAUUCGUGGGACAAUGCACAGGUGGUGCUAGCUGGGAAUAAGUGUGAUAUGGAAGAGGAGCGAGUGGUGUCAGUGGACAGUGGGCGAUUGCUGGCAGAACAGCUGGGUUUUGAGUUUUUCGAGACAAGCGCCAAGGACAACAUCAACGUGAAGCAGACCUUUGAGCGUCUCGUUGACCUAAUUUGUGACAAGAUGUCCGAAAGCUUGGACAGUGAUCCGGCGGUCACCACGGGAGCCCCCACUGCCAAACUCACAGACAGUGCUCCACCUCUGCAGCAGCCUGGAUGCAACUGUUAGUGCUCCAAAUCAGACAGCAAAGGGAGGGCAGGGCAGAUCCUUGAAGGCCAUAGAGUGUGCAGAGUUUCCUUCUCCUUCAGCAUUAACACUUCUGCUAGCACAGCUUUCUCUGGACAGUUCAAACCUUGUUUAGUAGUAGACCUCUAAAAUGCUGUUGUAUUAUCUUCCACCUUCUAUCACCUUAUAUCAAGAGCAAAUAACCAGACAGACAUACAGUACAUAGCUAUUGUAAACAGUGUAACAGUAUAGGAUAUCUAGGAUAAUACUCUUAGAGACAUUAUAUUCUCAUCCUUUGGCUAAUCAGUAUGGUUAUAAACCAAGUAUAUUUGAUAAUGCUGGAAAUAGUCCAUAUGUUGUACAGUAAACCCCUAAAGACCUUUAAAGUCUUAAAGUAAUUAUAAAAUAAGGGAUAGUCAGUGAGUGCUUUAAUAAUUAUUUUAUUUUUAUUUUUGUACAGUAAGUAUUAUCCUUUUAUAGGUUUAUUUUUUUCUCCUAAAGCUGCCAAAUCUUUGAUUUAGUGCCCUACGAUGUAGCAGCUUUCUUUUGUGCAGCGCGUCUGGUGUUAUGAGCGUGUGAUUGUUGUGUGACUGUGCAGUAUAGUGGAUCUGGGUUGCAUGAGUGUGCGUAUUCUGUCUAAAUCACAGAUGAGUGACAUUUUGCCAUCCAAAAAUAAUCUACCUUGGAUAAAAAAGUGGCCUUUUAGCAUCUCCAACACGGCCUCUGUGAGUUUCUCUGUCCUGCUUCCUUUUUUGAAUGAAUCCAGUACGUGUAAUGUUAAUGUGAGUACUAUUCCAUGUUUUGCUGUCUGUAAAUGUGCGGUUCUCUGAUAGGUAUCUCUGUGAAUCUUACAAGCAAGUAUUUCUAUGUGCUUAGCCUCUACAAUGAGCCUUUAGUCUUACUUUUUUGCGACAAGCAUGCUGCCAAAAACUCAAUCAUAUGUGCUGUUUUAUCUAAAGAUGGGCCUUACCCAACCCUAACCAUCCUCACCUCGACGUUACAGCGACAACCAGUAAAAAAACAAUCACAUACCUAUAAGGCACAGUAGAGUGAUUAUAUACAGAUAACAGAUGAUCAGCUCUGGCAUGGAAUAAACAGCCAUAUAUGAAAAAUUGAUGUUUAAUUUAUAAGCCAGCAUGCUUACAUUUCAUGUUUAUGCUAUGAAAUGAUGUCCCUCUGGAAAAAAAAUCAUCAGUAACCUGCUUAGGAAACUUCAAAACAUCAUGGUAGUUUGAUAUGUGAAUCUCUCCUUAGCAGACAUACUAUCCUGUAGUUGUUUUAAAGAUAACUUAAGUCUAUAUAAUAUGAAGAUUGAAGUAAAUAAAACCCAGAAAAAAAAAGACUUUUUGUUUCUUAGAACACUUGUAAUUCAUGAAACAUUUGUGCCAAAAUAUUCCAAUUCCUUUAGCAUUGUCGGUUGUUUGUUGCAUAGUUUACUAAUAAAACCUCCAAAAAAUUGCAUGAAGUCACUCCUGACUUAUCCAUGUAGAUUUAUAUUCUAAAAUAGUGUAUGUUACAGAUUUAGGAGCAUUAUCAUGGCACUCGCUAUGAGAUGCAAUGGGCCAAUAAGUGCAAUAUUUUAUUAAUUAAACCCUGUAAAUAUUUUUUCCUGUCUUUGAGGACAACGACUCUAUCUGCUGAGUGACAGUUUAGUCAGAGUGGCUGUACCAAUGUACAAUCUCUAAAAAAAUAAAAAUAAAAAAAAAAAGAGUGUGUGCUUCACUCGGUACCUGCAGCCAUUGAAUGUGUGUCUGAGUGUACGUAUGGAUGGGAGUUUAUGUACUGUAUGUGUACCUGCCAUAUUGACAAAAUCAAUGACAUAAUAUAGUGUAUUGUUUGUGUAUACCUUUUGUACAAAUGUAUCCACGUACUAUAUGCUGUUCCUGCUAAAUGUCGGUGGUUGUAUUCUCAUGUCAAAAUGCACUGUUGUUGUGAAAGAUAGUCAGGGAGAUGACUUAGUCCAUGCCAUAUGCCAUACUAUUGUAACUCCCACUAAAGGGACACACUAUUUUAAUUUCCCUGAGAAUAUGUGUGCACACGUGCUUUGUACAUGUGCAUCUGUGUGUUAUUAUAAUUUUAUGCUAAUAGCCAUGAAAUAAAUUAACAAACUCAAGUCAAGAUCAAUUUGCCUAAAAGGUUGUGCGGUUGUUCUGAUUUUAAACACUACAACUUCCCUUAUAAAUAACCGUAUUGGCUUCUUGGAGUGCAGGCAAUGUUAGACAUAUGUUUUUGAGAUUAUAGGAAAUAAAACAAAUUAUAUCUG